AUGCGCCUGGGAUGGUGGCUUUUUGCGAUUGUAAUUUGUUUUACACACGCUCAACUGACUCGACCGAACACAAUUUGGGCCCCGACCAGGAUAAAAUUCAACCCCCUCAAAUUCGGGCAUCGAAUCACGCUAACUUUUGGCCGAAAUUUGCCCCGGGACGUCAACUACACCUACUCGUUGCGGUACACGGAGGGCGAGACGCGACAUUGUUCCGGCGGGCGGAUACCGAGAUUUACAAAGGGUGGUACUGCCGCGAAUCGACUCGUCAUUUUACAAAGUCAGGAUUGUGUGCUGGAGAUGAAGCCCGGGACCUGGGAUACUGACGAACGCUGUGAUUGUCAUAUUCCGGGCGAGGAAAUUCUCGGCAUCACUUUGAGGACCUCACAACGAAUACCGCUUCAGGUUCGCAUCGGCGGUCGUGUAUAUAAGCAAGAGGACAAUGGCAUCCGAAAAUUGACCGGUGGGGGGUUGACCCUUGGAAAUUUGCCCCGAGAGAUGCCGAACGUUUUUGUGGCUGAUAUAUACGGUAUCGAGCGCCAUUCGACGAGCCUUGCCCUCCAGUUUCACACGGAUCGCGAGUCGGGCUGGUUGUUCGAGAUACGAUUUCAUCAACGGGCAAUAUCCGCCACCCUUCGACUCCCACCUGACCAUCGAUUAAAUCGCCAGCGAGCGGCAAAAAGUUGGACAGUACCUUGGCAAGCCUCAAUCGAUGGCCCGUACGUGCAGCUGAUGCUCGCCGUCGUGGAGGGCCGAAUUUUGGUAACCCUGAACAACCGUUGCUUCGCCCAGUUCCCGUUCAACACCCGCGCCUACCACCUGGAGGAUACGUCCCUAAAAUACGUGACCGUCGACGAUCGAUCGGAGCUGUUGCAAAGGCCGUGGCACAGUCACCUGCUCGGGAUGCAGCUUGAACGGUGGCGCGACACGGAGCUACCUCCUCGCGACCACUGCUGGGACGGCUCCGAAAACUACCUCCAACAC